AUGGAGCAAAGUGGGGUUCUCGAGACCCACGCUGAUGUCCCUGACAGUGUUCGCGAGCAGCUCUAUGCCGAGGAGAAUCAGCGACUAGACAAAAAAAAGAAAGCCGCGGAGAAUUCUACAAUGGGUUCAAUGUGUCCUUCAAUCAACAUCACUGUCCUCCCGGCAGGAUCAUCUCAGCAUUCGAUACAUCCUCCUGCUAAUAACGCCAUGCCCACCGGGCCCGGCUGUACUGAAUCAAUCGUGGUUGACGGCCUGCUAGAUGUCGCUGUGGACGAAUAUACUGAAUGGCAGCAAUCGCGGGUGAGCAACGAGACUUUCAGGGAGAACAUCAACAAAGCACGCGAUGUGACCCUCGAACAUUGUCUUGACCUCAUGCAGAUUUUUGAGGAUCAAGACUCAGGUUUCUUUGUUAAGCACGGCGUGAAAGUAGGUGCCGCCCGGCGCUUCGUUUGUGAUAUCGGCCUUUGGGUCAAACUACGCAAAGAAAUGACUUGCAACGAAAAUAUUCAUUUAGUCUAG